CAGGACGGGUGGCUCCCUCCCAGGGCAAGAAGAAGCACUCUCCACUGGAGUUCUCUCAUUUUCCACAGAACUUCAACCUCAUACUUCUGGGCUUCAAGGGAUGGGGAUCUGUUCCAGCUCUCCUCUGGGCGGUAUGAGGAACUGUAGGGAGUCUGGGGCACCUGGCUACACGGCAGUCUUGUCUUCUUGGGCCGAGAUGGACGGAGGUUGCCGAUCUGGCCGCCCAGUGCCCUGGACGUCCUCUGAACAACUUACUUCAGUACCCCAGUGGGUCGAGCCGGAAGCGCCCGUUGAGUCAUUUGUGUCUGGGGCGGGGCCCCCGGGACAGAGGAGCAGUGUUGGCGGCUUGCUGGUGGGCGGGGCCAGUGCGUGGUGAGGUCACACAUCCGGCGUUCCCGGCGUCGGCGGCGGGUUAGCGCAGCGCGGACGCCGGGCGCGGCGCUGGGAUACCUGGAGACCCGCAGCUCGGGCGACGCUGGGGCGACGCGAGACCAUGGGCGCUCGGCUGAGCGGCGGCCUGGGCGCCCCGGAGCCGGUGCAACCCCAGCCCGAGCCACAGCCCCAGCCCCAGCCCCAGCCCCAGCCCCAGCCCGGGGCGCCCGAGGCUCCUGAGCGGCCUCAGCCUGAGCCCGGUCCCUGGGGGCCGCUGGACGAUGUGCGCUUCCUCAUCGCCUGCACCUCCUGGUAUUGACAAGCCGCCCUCCGCAAUUCCUGCCUGCUGUCAACUGUCGUUCUGUCCGCCUCACCUGGCUCAACUCUGUGUCUCUUUCCACCCCCGGCGCCCAGGAGACCCUCGGAGAGUCGAGGAGGUCACGGAGAACCAUAGGCCACUGGCUCGCCUCUAGCUCCCCCCAAAUUUGUUCACUUCCCGGCCUGCACCCAAACCUUCGUGUUCAGCCCCACUCCGCAGCUUCUUCAGCGGUCUGGGUCCUGGGGCAGCCCUCCCUGGCCCUGGCUUCCAGAACCAGGCCAGGACUCCUGGUAAGACCUCAAGACUGCUCACCUGACCUCCUCUGGUCUGUCCCUUAUUGCUGAGAAUGAAGCUUUUGCUUUUGUCUUUAAUUAUGGCACCAUGUGCCUUGGCUUCAGAGAACACCUAGUUACAGUGACCCUCCCCAUACUCCUCCUAGGAGACGUUGCUCUGUCAUCCUGGAUCCCAGGGAGGCAUUAUCACACUGUGUUCUAGGAACCCCAGUAACUCUGGGGUCAGCCUUUUGGAGAGAGGAAAUAUCUGAUCACUGGCCUGGCAGAUGAGAAGUGUGGGACAGAGUGUGUCCCAAAGCACCCUGUUCCCCUUUUCCCAGAAGCUUCUUAAGGCCACUCCCAGAACCUGAUCCUUGUUUUCACAUCCCAGAGAAACAACACACUCUGUAUUUUUGUUUUAUUUAGAAAUGAUUUAAAAAACAUUAUACAAAGGCUGAUCAGUUUAAAAUGUGACUGACACUGAAAUGCUGUGAUGUUCCCCAGGCCGAGGGGAAGCUGGACUCUGGGGUCCCCAGUGCUGUGCCCCUCUGUCUGUCUGCCCUGUCCUGGGGUGAUGGACAAACAGAUGACCACAAGACAGGAGAAUCCGAGAUUGGAAACCUCCAGGCUGAGCCCUCUCCGGGCCUGGCCCUGCAUCCCUCACAUCUGCAGCCUGCGCUGCCUGCCUCCAUCUCCUGCUCUUUCUCAGCUGGCCUUGGUAGUACCAGGAGCCAGUGGGGAGCCUGGGGAGCCUAGAGCUUUCGAGAAGUGAGAGCACCAACCUGAGGAGUGGAGAGGGACUUAAAAGGGGAGAAGGGAGGCCAGGAAGAGAUGGAUAAAAGAGACCCUUCUGAUCUCAUCUUGGACCCUAGAGGCGUCCAUAGGUGGGGACCCAAGGCCCAACCAGCCCACCUGAUGGCCUGGGCGAGAAAUAACCUCUCUGUGCUUUAUUUGAGGGCACGGUGAGAGUUACCCUAGGCUUCCCAGGGCCUGCACGAGUUUCAUGUGAGUGGACAGGUAUGAGCUAAUAAAGUGCUUUGCAAAGUAUAAAACACUAUACAAACCUAUGAAUCACU